CCGGCAAAAUUCACUAGGUUCAUCAUUUGGGAAGAACCGGUGCCUGGGGGGGACCUGGCUGGAUAGGUAUGGGGGAUCGAGGCCAGUCCUCUAGUCCCCGGUCCCCCCACGGCAGUCCACCAACUCUAAGCACGCUCGCUCUCCUGCUGCUCCUCUGUGGACAGGCUCACUCCCAGUGCAAGAUCCUCCGCUGCAAUGCCGAGUACGUCUCGUCCACUCUGAGCCUUCGGGGAGGGGGUUCACCGGACACGCCACGUGGAGGCGGCCGUGGUGGGCUGGCCUCAGGUGGCUUGUGUCGUGCCCUGCGCUCCUACGCUCUCUGCACUCGGCGCACGGCCCGCACCUGCCGCGGGGACCUCGCUUUCCACUCUGCGGUGCAUGGCAUAGAGGACCUGAUGAUCCAGCACAACUGCUCACGCCAGGGUCCCACGGCCCCGCCCCCGGCCCGGGGCCCCGCCCUGCCCGGAGCCGGGCCAGCGCCCCUGACCCCAGAUCCCUGUGACUAUGAGGCCCGGUUUUCCAGGUUGCACGGUCGAGCCCCGGGUUUCUUGCAUUGCGCCUCCUUUGGAGACCCCCAUGUGCGCAGCUUCCACAACCACUUUCAUACGUGCCGUGUCCAAGGAGCUUGGCCCCUGCUAGAUAACGACUUCCUCUUUGUCCAGGCCACCAGCUCCCCGGUGGCAUCGGGAGCCAACGCUACCACCAUUCGGAAGAUCACUAUCAUAUUUAAAAACAUGCAGGAGUGCAUUGACCAGAAAGUCUACCAGGCAGAGGUGGACAAUCUUCCGGCAGCUUUUGAAGAUGGUUCUAUCAAUGGGGGCGACCGACCUGGGGGCUCAAGUUUGUCCAUUCAAACUGCUAACCUUGGGAGCCACGUGGAGAUUCGAGCUGCGUACAUUGGAACGACUAUCAUCAUUCGACAGACAGCUGGACAGCUCUCCUUCUCUGUCAGGGUGGCUGAGGAUGUGGCUCGGGCCUUCUCGGCUGAGCAGGACCUACAGCUGUGUGUUGGGGGAUGCCCUCCGAGUCAGCGACUCUCUCGCUCAGAGCGCAGUCGCCGUGGGGCUAUAGCCAUAGACACUGCCAGAAGGUUGUGUAAGGAAGGGCUUCCGGUUGAAGAUGCCUACUUCCAAUCCUGUGUCUUUGAUGUUUCAGUCUCCGGUGACCCCAACUUUACCGUGGCAGCUCAGGCAGCUCUGGACGAUGCCCGGGUCUUCUUGCCGGAUUUAGAGAACUUACAUCUUUUCCCCUCAGAUGCCGGGCCGCUCCUCUCUCCAGCCACCCGCCUAGUCCUGCCGGCCCUCUUUGUGCUGUGGAUUUGCAUUAAGUAGGCCAGCAACCCCGUGACUGGUUUGGAAACGGUCUGAGGAUAGAGGUUGGUGUGAGAAAACACAAAGAUGCGCCAAAGGAAACAGCAGGGACUGGAGACAAACGACGCUUGCGCAAUCAGAUGAGGGUGCAGCCCAGGGCUAAAAUGACGCCAGAGAAAGGGUUUUGCACUCCAGACCUUGGUGCGGGCUAUUCACCAUGAAUUUCCCAGUUAGUGAUUUCCUACUUGUAAUGAAAUUCCACUCUCUGCACACCUGAUAUCACUCCUACAAGGCUAGAGAUUGUGAGAGUGCUAAUGACCAGCAAAACAUUAAAGGGUUGA